AUCCAUAUUAAAAUCUGGGGUUCCGCACGGUUUCAAAGGCAUCCCAGCUUUCACUUUUCGUUGCACGGGGCUUCUCGGCCUGACUGGAGAGCCUCCUACACCUGUCACCCCACUCCACCACUUCAACAACAACCUCACGACAACAACCUCGCUACAACAAUCUCGAUACAACAGCCUCGCUACAAUAAGCAGCAACAAAUAUGCCUGGCGGUGGAGCUAUUCCUGUCACCGGUACCUCUGAUGUCAACCGCGUCGAGGCGCCCGUCACCGUCCGCGCCUAUCUGAUUGUUGCUUUCGCAGCUUUCGGUGGCAUCUUCUUUGGCUAUGACACAGGCUGGAUGGGAGGCGUUUUAAAUAUGGAGUUCUUCAUCAAACAGUACACAGGCUUCGAGUACCCUGACAUUGCCCUCCCUCCUGAUGCGACCGCCGACCAGAUCAAGGAAUACCGCAACAGCUUCUUCAGCGUCCCAUCAUGGCAGCAGUCUCUGACCACCUCUAUCCUCUCCGCUGGUACUUUCUUCGGUGCUAUCAUCGCUGGUGAUCUCGCCGACUUCAUUGGUCGCCGCAUGACUAUCAUCUUGGGUUGCGCUAUCUUCUGCGUCGGCGGUAUCCUUGAGACUGCGUCCACUGGCCUCAACGUCAUGGUUGCUGGUCGUCUCAUUGCUGGUUUCGGCGUUGGUUUCAUUUCCGCCAUUGUCAUUCUCUACAUGUCUGAGAUCGCGCCCCGCAAGGUCCGCGGUGCUGUUGUUGCUGGCUACCAGUUCUGCAUCACCAUUGGUAUCUUGCUUGCCAACUGCGUUGUAUACGCCACCCAGAACCGUCGCGACACUGGCUCUUACCGCAUCCCAAUUGCAGUCCAAUUUCUCUGGGCUAUCAUUCUCGCUGUCGGCCUCGCUCUCCUGCCCGAGUCUCCUCGCUUUUGGGUCAAGAAGGGCAAGCUCGACAAGGCUGCCGCCGCUCUUGGUCGCGUGCGUGGUCAACCCCUCGACUCCGAGUAUAUCCAGGAUGAACUCGCUGAGAUCAUUGCCAACCACGAGUACGAGAUGUCAGUCGUUCCUCAGACCAGCUACAUUGGCUCCUGGGGCGCCUGCUUUCAAGGGAAGCUCUCUAAUCCCGCAUCCAACAAGCGCCGUACCAUCCUUGGUAUCUGUAUGCAGAUGAUGCAGCAGCUGACAGGUAUCAACUUCAUCUUCUACUUCGGGCCCGUCUUCUUCCAGCAGCUCGGCUCAAUCGAAAAUCCGUUCUUGAUCUCUCUAGUCACCACUCUCGUCAACGUGCUCUCUACGCCCGCCUCCUUCGUUAUGGUUGAGAAGAUCGGACGUCGUCGCAUUCUCAUUUGGGGUGCCGCUGGCAUGGUCGUCAUGCAAUUCAUUGUCGGUGCCAUUGGCGCCUCCGCUGGCAAGAACACGCCCGACCAUCCCGCUAACCCCAACGCUACCCGCGCCAUGAUCGCCUUCAUCUGCUUGAACAUCUCCGUCUUCGCCACCACCUGGGGUCCUGCAGCAUGGAUCGUCAUCGGCGAGAUCUUCCCGCUGACCAUCCGCUCGCGCGGUGUCGGUCUCUCCACUGCUUCCAACUGGUUCUGGAACUGCAUUAUUGGAGUCAUCACACCAUACCUUGUUGCCGACCGUGACGAUUCCGCCCGCCUUGGCUCCAACGUCUUCUUCAUGUGGGGCAGCCUGUGCUGCAUCUCCUUCAUCUUCGCGUACUUCCUCGUCCCUGAGACCAAGGGUCUGACGCUCGAGCAAGUCGACAAGAUGCUCGAGGAGACGACGCCGCGUACUUCGCGCGCGUGGAAGCCGCACAGCACCUUCGCCUCCGAGAUGCAUCUUGGCGAAAAGCACCUCGAGAUCCCCGUAGGCACCGAGACUGUCGCGCCCAAGACCGAGACAAGCGUUGUCUAAGCGCUGCUUGGUGCACGCACGAGGGUGCUGGUGGCGCGUCUUGUCACUUGUCGCUUUCGAAACCUGGUUGCAUAUGGACUGUUACACAGUGGAUAGGGGUAAUGUAUGGUAAUCGCUGGUAGUGUGCGAAUCGCAUUGAAUGCUACGUACGUAUCGGAGGAAAUAUACCCUGGCCCAACGAUCGUUGGUACUGACUCUACCGCUCGAC